GCCGACUGGAAAUAAUUGAAGUUGAUUCGACUCAUUCAGUACAUACUACAUUUUAAAUUUUAUAGACUUCACAAUAUUAUAUACCAUACAAAUUACAAAGACAAUUCGACUCCUUGAGCCCGAAUGUACUACACUACUACGCACAACCCGUCCCUAACACUUACUUCGAAUGCCGAAAGUUCGAAGAAGUCGAAAACCUCCUCCGGAUGGGUGGGAACUUAUAGAACCUACGCUAGAAGAAUUGGAACAGAAAAUGAGAGAAGCUGAAACCGAAUCUCAUGAAGGAAAACGUAAAGUCGAAGCACUGUGGCCAAUUUUCAAAAUUCAUAACCAGAAAUCAAGAUAUAUUUAUGAUUUGUUUCAUAGACGUAAAGCUAUUUCUAGAGAAUUGUAUGAUUUCUGCGUGCAAGAAAAAAUUGCUGAUCAAAAUUUAAUUGCAAAAUGGAAAAAACAAGGCUAUGAAAAUUUAUGUUGUCUCCGUUGUAUUCAAACAAGGGAUACAAAUUUUGGUACUAGCUGUAUAUGCAGAGUCCCAAAAUCUAAACUUGAAGAAGGUCGAAUUGUGGAAUGUGUGCAUUGUGGAUGUAGAGGUUGUUCUGGCUAAAUAAACUCUGAACACUGAUUAAAUGAUGAUUGUAUUUUUUUAUUCUGAAUACUUGUAAAAUUUAUUUAUUUCUUUAUUGAUCUGUGUGUAUGGAAUAAGACUGAAAUUAAUAUAGCAUGUUAGCUAAAAACUUAUAAGUUGGAAAUAUUUAAUUUUUGUGUUGAUAAUGUAAAGUAUGAAAUGCAUUCAUUUUUAAAAUAAAUUUUUUUAAUAACAACAAA